AUGGAGAUGGAAGAAGAGCCGAUGCGGUCGCCACAUGUGGAAGCCACUGGCGACGAUCUAGAGGGUGCGUCGAGAAAGAUGGCAGUAGAGCCGGAGACGUGUCACAAGGGCAACGUGUCGCAAGGGCUAGAGGAGAUGGAACAGGAGCCACGGCUGGAGCCAUCUGAUGAAGCCACCUGCGACGAUCCAGAGGAGGCAGCGGCAGUAGGCACCAUGCCGCAAGAGCCGGGGACUGUGGAAGCCGUUUGCAACUCGGAGGAGGCGGCAGCAGAGGCAGUUGUACAUGUUGGUUUGGAGAUCGAACAAGAGCCACGGCCGAAGCCAACUGUGGAAGCCACUUGCAACGGGUCGGAGGUGGUGGCGACAGAGGCAACAGAUGCUAGUCUCGACACAAUGCCGCAAAAGCAGGAGGAAAAUGAAGCAAUCGCCGAGCCCGUCGCCAUCUGA